GUUGUGGUCGGACUCCGCUCGCUACUGUUGUUGUCUCCACACAGCGUUGUGUUUGGGGGAGACUCUGAAACGGAGACUCAGUCUGAGAUUAAAGAGCUAAAUGAAUGAUGUCCUGUUUCAAGUUUUCUCCUGCACUUUCCUACUCAGCUUAAGUGUGCUUCUUUAGACACCACAGGACAUUCCACCAAGCGGAAAGUUAAGCUGCUGAAACAGGUGAUUAUAUAAGAAUAUGGCAUCCAGAAGACGUUCUGGUACUUUGCAAAUGUCAUUUGGUACCCCUCACAUGAACAUAUCUCACACACAAACACAGGAACACAGCAACGAGAGAAAUCAAUACUGCUUGGAGUGUGGGAAGAGUUUUACUAAACAGAGUCAUCUCAGAACACACCAGCGCAUUCACACGGGAGAGAAGCCGUAUGACUGCUCAGAGUGUGGGAAGAGUUUUACUGAACGGAGCACUCUCCGACAGCACCAGCGCAUUCACACGGGAGAGAAGCCGUAUCACUGCUCAGAGUGUGGGAAGAGUUUUACUAGACAGAGUAAACUCAAAAUACACCAGCGCAUCCACACAGGAGAGAAGCCAUAUCACUGCUCAGAGUGUGGGAAGAGUUUUAGUCAAAAGAGUAAUCUUGAACAGCACCAGCACAUUCACACAGGAGUGAAGCCAUAUCACUGCUCAGCAUGUUGGAAGAGUUUUACUACACAGAGUACCCUCAAAAUACACCAGCGCGUCCACACAGGAGAGAAACCGUAUCACUGCUCAGAGUGUGGGAAGAGUUUUAUUAAACAGAGUCAUCUCCAAACACAUCAGCGCAUUCACACAGGAGAGAAGCCGUAUGACUGCUCAGAGUGUGGGAAGUGUUUUACUGAACGGAGCACUCUCCGACAGCACCAGCGCAUUCACACGGGAGAAAAGCCCCAUCAGUGCUCAGACUGUGGGAAGAGUUUUGCUAGACAGAGUAAACUCAAAAUACACCAGCGCAUUCACACAGGAGAGAAGCCGUAUCACUGCUCAGAGUGUGGGAAGAGUUUUAUUAAACAGAGUAAUCUCCAAACACACCAGCGCAUUCACACAGGAGAGAAGCCGUAUCACUGCUCAGAGUGUGGACAGAGUUUUAGUCAAAAGAGUAAUCUUGAACAGCACCAGCACAUUCACACAGGAGAGAAACCGUAUCACUGCUCAGCAUGUUGGAAGAGUUUUGCUACACAGAGUAGUCUCAAAAUACACCAGCGCGUCCACACAGGAGAGAAACCGUAUCACUGCUCAGAGUGUGGGAAGAGUUUUAGUCAAAAGAGUAAUCUUGAACAGCACCAGCAUAUUCACACAGGAGUGAAGCCAUAUGACUGCUCAGCAUGUUGGAAGAGUUUUACUACACAGAGUAGUCUCAAAAUACACCAGCGCGUCCACACAGGAGAGAAACCGUAUCACUGCUCAGAGUGUGGACAGAGUUUUACUACACAGAGUAAUCUCCAAACACACCAGCGCAUUCACACAGGAGAGAAACCAUAUCACUGCUCAGAGUGUGGGAAGAGUUUUAAUCAACAGGGUCAUCUCAAAACACACCAGUGCAUUCACACGGGAGAGAAGCCGUAUGACUGCUCAGAGUGUGGGAAGAGUUUUACUGAACAGAGCACUCUCCGACAGCACCAGCGCGUCCACACAGGAGAGAAACCGUAUCACUGCUCAGAGUGUGGACAGAGUUUCAGGUUUUCAAAGACUGUAAAGACACACAAGUGCGCUAAGAGCUGUGGUGAAAACCAGGAGUAAUAAGUGUAACCUUAACACAUUCUGGGAGUAAACGUUUGGAGGAAACGGUAAUUGUAGGUCAGA